AUGCGCGACUCGUCACGCCUAAACGCGUACCAGUCGGCCGAGUCGUUCGAGGGCGACGCCGCCCGGCUCGGGCUCUCCGUCCCGCCGGCCGACCCGCACGCGCCGCUGACGUAUGUGACUGCCUCUGCGCGGGCAGCAGGAUGGGCGAGCAACUACCACUUGCGACAGGGCAAGGAGAUGUACGCCAGGCGCAUGCCCAUGCGUGGGCUCGAGUCGCUCGACCGCAUUCUCGCCCCGGAUGCGCCGCGCGAGGCCUACCGCCGGCGCAACAAGUCGUACAAGACGGUCAACCACUGGGGCCAGCGCAAGCUGCUCAUGUCCGAGGUCGAGUUCCUCACUCUCUACGCACGCCCAGGCGAUGUGGUUGUCUACGCAGGCGCUGCGCCGGGCGCCCAUACCGCUUGGCUCGCCGACCAGUUCCCCGCCCUCUCGUUCGAGCUGUACGACCCGGCCGACUUUGUGCCCGGCCUCGGCGACCACCCGCGCAUCGGCGUCCACCAGGAGUUCUUCACCGACGAGAUCUGCGCCACGUACGCCGGCCGCGACAACGUCCUCUUUGUCUCUGACAUCCGGACGGCAGACUGGAAGGUCAUGGGCGAGGAGGAGGUCGAAAAGUCUGUGUACGAGGAUCAGCUCCGCCAGCAGGGCUGGCACGACGCCAUCCGCCCACGCUACUCAAUGCUCAAGUUCCGCUUGCCCUGGGGCGCAGGCUCGACCCAGUACCUUGAUGGCGCCAUCCAUCUCCCGGUCUGGGGCCCCAUUACCACCACCGAGACUCGCCUGGUUGUGGCCCGCGACGCGCCCAAGGUCGACUGGGAUCACAAGGACUACGAGGAGCGCAUGUUCUACUUCAACACCGUCACUCGUGUCCACUACUACGAUCAUCCGGUCCGUGUCCCGGGCAUUUGCCACUGCUACGACUGCGCCUCGGAGGUCAUCAUCCUCCGCGAGCACAUUGCCGCCCGCUACCCCUCUCUCACAUACGCCCAGGUCAUGGCUCGGGUCACCUCGCUCCUCCCCGAGAUCUCCAAGCAGAUUUCCAAGGGCCGCAACCUGACCACCAUUGUCGGCGACCCGUCGCAGCGCAACCCGUGGUUCACCGCCCGCCGCUUUGACGUCGUCAACAAGCGCAUCGUCAACGACCCGCGCUCCGCACGCGCGCUCGUCCAGGAGAAGAAAGCCCGCGAGUCCAACGACGGCCACCGCAGGCCCAUUGAUGCCAUCCUCUCCGAUCUUGGCGGGACGGCCCUGAGCACCUCACCGCUCAAGCGCUCACGUGAUGACUACGAGUCCGGCUCGGCGCCCACAAGCCGCUUUGACCGCGGCGGCGAGAGUGGGAACGAUGACGACGACGACGACGACGGCGAUGACGCGGCUGCGGCUGCGGCUGCUGCUGCCGCCGCCACCGCCGCAGACGAUGAUGACGACGACGACGCCCGCCCCGCCAAGCGCGCAAAGGGUCUGACCGCAACGUGA